GCAGGAGGAGACCAAGGAUGCUGAUGAUCACAUUCACAUCAUCAUCAUCAUCAUCAUCUCCGUCGUCGUCGACCCCGGCCUGACCCUCCCUUCAAUCCAACUCCAACUCCACCUCCACACAAAUCCUAUCCACCAUUACCCACCCAACGCACCACCACAGCAAGAAACCCUCCCUAAUCACAGAUCCACUUGGAUUCUUUUCCUCAUUUUUGUCCCCCGCGCAACCCAGAUUAGAAUACCCGUUCCAUUCCGCCCGGCCCCGCUGUGGAUUUGGACCACGCGGCCGCAUGCAGCACCCAAAUCCCGUCCCCUCCCCGUCCCAGCAAUCUCCAAUGGAGAGCCACCGGAGCAGAAAUCAAUCCUAAAUUAACGUCCCGCCACCAAGAACUCCACUACCAGGAUCCAAUCAUCCCAGGCAUUUGGCCCACUCCACCACCACCACCACCGCCACCACCCAGGAACAAGGAAGGAAAUCCCAAGAAAGCUCGCACCUUCGGGCCAAAUCGGCCCUACGCCGCACCAGAUUACUGGCUGCACCGUAAUAAUUCCCCGAGAAGAAGAAGGGGAGCUCGGGCGGAAAAGGGGCGGAAGCAAUGACGGAGGUGGCGCUGUUCCGGGGCCCGACCAACCUCGCUUCGCCCGCAAGCCGCGGCUCCUCCUCCUCCUCUUCCACCUCCCUGCGCUAUUUAGCCGACAGCGACGUGCUCCAGAGAGGCACCAGCAGCAGCGCCCAGAGCCCUGCAGGAUCCGCGGAGCGACAGGCCGGAGGGUUGCAGGAGGAGGAAGAGGAGGAGGAGCGCUGGUCCUUCUUGGCGCUGCUUCUCGAGCUGCUGCGGAAGUCGUUGCUCCGGUGCAGAGCCGAGGACGGCGGCGAAGGCCAGGGCGGGAUGGAGAUAGGGCUGCCCACGGAUGUGCAGCACGUGGCGCACGUCACCUUCGACAGGUUCCAUGGAUUCCUCGGCCUCCCCGUCGAGUUCGAGCCCGAGGUGCCCCGCCGCGCUCCCAGUGCCAGUGCUAGUGUCUUCGGCGUUUCAACACAAUCGAUGCAGUGUUCAUAUGAUUCCAGAGGAAACAGUGUUCCGACGAUUCUCUUGAUGAUGCAAAGACGUCUGUAUGAGCAAGGAGGUCUUCGGGCAGAAGGUAUUUUUCGUAUAAAUGCGGAGAAUAGCCAGGAAGAGUUUGUGAGAGAUCACUUAAAUAGUGGAACUGUGCCGGAUGGCAUUGAUGUUCACUGUUUGGCGGGUCUAAUCAAAGCCUGGUUUAGGGAACUGCCGAGUGGGGUGCUGGAUUCUAUCCCACCUGAACAGGUGAUGCAAUGCCAAUCUGAAGAGGACUGUGCUCGGGUUGCCAAAUGCCUUCCACCAACUGAAGCAGCCUUACUUGACUGGGCUGUUAAUUUGAUGGCUGAUGUUGUCCAAGAAGAACAGAUAAACAAGAUGAGCGAUCGCAAUGUUGCUAUGGUUUUCGCUCCAAAUAUGACCCAGAUGGCAGACCCUUUGACUGCACUGAUGUACGCGGUGCAAGUGAUGAAUUUCCUCAAGAUGCUAAUACAGAAGACUCUCAAGGAUAGAGAAGAUUCCAACCUGGAAGAUGCCUCUUUGCCACAGAAGGACCCAUCUGAUGAAAAUGGCCAUCAGAACCCCAGUCUCCCCGUUAAUCCUCAACCUGAAGAAACAUCUGGGCGCCCCUCUUUUGUCAGCGAGGAGCCUCUUGUGUACAGUCCUACACACAGUGCUGAAGACAAGCCUCCUGUGGAAGGCGAUUCCGUAGCUUCCAUUGUCCAAAGAAGUGAUGUCCGGUCGAGCGUGGAGGGGUCCGCUAGUUGCUCGCAGCCUGCUCUUGUCGCUUCGUCUGCCAUUGCUGAUGCUUCCUGUGCUACAGCUGCCAACUUACUUCCGAGCAGAGGGAACCGAGGCCUGAAUAGCAGGAGGACUAGAAAGGGCAAGCGGCAGUGCGGAACGCCCGCCGCUCCUCCAGCCGAGAAAUCAAGGGGCGCGAGCAUCGUGAGCCGGAUAAACUCCAAGGUCGAACGGAUCGAAGCUUGGAGGUAGAAACCCCGGCGCGACCGCCUUUGUUGUUGUGUAAUAGAUGACUGACCCAGUGUUGUUUCCUUGCACAUUUUGAAUUUUCGACGCGCUUAUCAUUUCGUGUUUGGAUCAUCAUCAUGUUGUUUUGAGGCUCAUCCCCCCCUGCCUUCACUAACUUAUAUGUAUCUUGCUUAUGAGUAAAUUUGUGGCCUUUGCUUCCUUUGUA